UAUACUACGUAAGUCAUUUUGAUGAAAAAUGGCGCGCUAACACUGCAGGUCCUAAUAUAAUGUCCUGUCGGAACAAAGCAAGGUAUAUGUGUGCCUUUGGUUCAUCGAUGCUGAAAUAAGGGCUUCACAUACGGAGAAGAAGACUGCAUCGCAGCUCUGUGCGCGACGUCCAUCGUAUACGAAUCAGUGCUUGAUUGAAAAACUUAUUAUCGUAAGACAUGAUGCCCAGCAAUAGCGUCGGAGAAAUCAGCUCUAUUAAAUGUACAUACAAAUGGGUAAUCAAGAACUUUUGUGCUGGCUGCAAGAGUGUAGGAGAGGUUAUGAAAUCCCCAGUGUUUACAAAAUUGGAUUCAGGCUAUCUUCGUAAAUGGCGACUUCGUUUAUUUCCAAAAGGCAACAAGGAUGAAUGUAAAGACUAUGUCUCAAUCUUCCUGUGCAAUUUAAAUAAUGUCGAUUUGAAAGCAGAUGCUUAUUUUUCAAUACUCGAUAAUAAAGGAUUAGAGACAUUCUAUGAAUUUCUGCCAAACCAUGUAUUUAAUCAUAAUACGUAUUCUGGUUUUUCGACAUUCGUCAAACGCGAAUGUAUCGAAGACAAAGACUGGAAUAUGCUUUGCGAUGAUAAGUUAGCGAUUGUUUGUAAAAUCUCCCUAAUUACGCCUAACGAGCACAUUGCAAACGAAGAAACCGAGAAGAAAGAAACUUCGACUAAGGUUUAUAGGCCGAAGAUCUACCCAGCAUCAUUAAUGAUACAGAGAAAAUAUACUGAGAGUAAACAAUUACUUGCUGAUUUAGAGCAAAUGAUGGACGAGCAAGAGUUCAGCGACAUCGAGUUGACGGUCGAAGAUAAGACGCUGCGGGCCCACAAGAGCAUACUCGGCAAAAGGAGCCGCGUCUUCGCCGCGAUGUUUCGGAACGACAUGUGCGAAAAGCGCGAGAAUAAGGUGAAGAUCGUAGACGUCAGGCAUGAGGUUUUACAGGAAAUGCUGCGCUACAUGUACACCGGCAAGGUGAACGGAAUCGAAACCAUGACUGAUGAGCUCUUGAUCGCUGCCGACAAAUACUCGCUCGACGGUCUCAAGGGAAUGUGCGGGGAAGUUCUGGCUAAUGACGUUAACAAGAGCAAUGCAAUGGACAGACUUAAAUUCGCUGUUCUACAUCGCGUCGAUGUGCUGAGAGCCAAAGUCAUCGAAUUCGUGGUCGAAAGCGCCUGUGACAUCGUCGACAAUCCGGAAUUUCAACAGUUGCCUGCUAACGUUAUAUGCGAAGUUUGUUCUGUCUUUGCUGCAGAUAAGAAGAAAUGAAAUACCCACUACGAGUUGCUGAAAUUAUCAGAUUUUAAAUAGUAUAGUAGUUUUUUGUUUGUUCCAGUUAAAUGUUUGAAUAUAUGUGCUCUCUAAUAAUGUCGAUCAGAAAAAUGAUUAUUUUUUUAUAAAAGAAUAAGUUACAGAGCUACUUUGUUGGAAUAAUACCUAUUUAUUAAAGAUUGUAACGUGUAGUCCUCGAAAAUUCAUAAAAGGAAAAAUGUUAUACAUUAUUUAGUUUUGGAUAUACUAAUGUGCCUUGUGUUAUUUACAUGCUUUUUUAAAUUUUUAACUUUUCAGCGCUUUUGAAAAAAAAUAUGUAUUUUUUCAUAUAUAUUGACGUAAUAAACGUUGCAAUCUAU